CAGUGAUAACGAAGUUCGAUAUCUUAAAGCAAAAUGUUACCGGGAGUCUAGAUUUCGAGCUGACUUGUGCUAUCAGAAGAAAUUUUUAAUAGUACUCCUUGGUGGUAUGGAAUCAUGCGAACAGGCAACUUUACUUUUGAUAUCAGACUUACGUGGUCUCUCUCGCCGUGCUACUUCACCAUUAUUGAAUAAAUUCCGCAGCGUUGUUAUCGCAGUACUCGCUAUCCAAAGGAUGAGAGUACUUAAAAGCUCGUGGAGCCGAAAUAAAGAAUUGAAACGAAAUAUACAACUACAACAGCAACGUUAUUAA